AUGGACAAAAGCGGAGAACAGAAGCUGCAGCCCCAGCAACACGCCAAUCCCAUGUCUAACCCAGACUACGACCUAUCCAGGCCGCUAGAUCCCAAUGCUGGGGGGUUGCGACAGGGUCUGACCUCGUACGGCGACGCUCACUUCUCUCUUUUUCUGCGCAAGGUCUUCAUCAAGGCACUGGGCUACAGCGAAGACGCCUUGUCGAGGCCGAUAAUCGGUAUUGUCAACACGUACUCGAGCUUCAACCCGUGCCAUGCCAACAUCCCACAACUCAUCGAGGCCGUCAAACGUGGCGUGCACCUCAAGGGCGGCCUCGCCAUUGAUUUCCCCACCAUCAGCCUGCACGAGUCUUUCGCCUCGCCCACCAGCAUGUACUUGCGGAAUCUGAUGAGCAUGGACACGGAGGAGAUGAUCCGGGCCCAGCCAUGCGAUGCUGUGGUUCUGAUUGGAGGUUGCGACAAGACCACGCCGGCGCAGCUCAUGGGUGGUAUCUCGGCCAACAAACCCAUUCUACAUCUGGUCACUGGGCCCAUGAUGCCCGGCAGCCACAAGGGCGUUAGGAUAGGUGCUUGUACUGACUGUAGGAACAACUGGGCCAAGUUCAGGGCCGGCACCAUUGAUAUGGAGGAUAUAUUUGCCAUUAAUGAUGAACUUGCCCCAACGGCCGGAACUUGUGGAGUGAUGGGCACGGCCAGCACAAUGGCAUGCAUCCUUGUAGCCCUGGGCAUGAUGCCGUUCAAAGGCGCGACAGCUCCCGCCGUGUCAUCGGCACGACUGCGCAUCGCCGAGGAGACGGGUGCCAAUGCAGUCAACGCCUCGCAGGAGCACCUACGACCACAGCAGGUGCUGACGCGCGAAUCAUUCCUCAACGCCAUCACGGUGCUGCAGGCCAUCGGAGGCUCGACCAACGCCGUGGUACACCUGAUGGCCAUCAUCGGCCGCCACCCAGCCGUGGCAGGGACAAUCACGCUCGACACCUUUGACGAGAUCGGUCGCCGCACCCCGCUGCUCGUCGACCUCAAGCCCAGCGGCGAGAACUACAUGACCGAUUUCCACAACAGCGGCGGCAUGCUGGCACUGCUGCGCGAGCUGAAACCCCUCUUGCACCUGGACGCCAUGACCGUGACGGGCCGCACCCUCGGCGAGGAGAUGGCCGCCGCGCCGUUUAUUGCCGUGCCACGCGACAGUCCCGUGUCCUGCCUGCGCCCGUUAGACGAGCCGCUGUACCCGGCGUCGUCGCUGGUGGUGCUGCGCGGCAACCUUGCGCCCGGAGGCGCGAUCAUGAAGGCGAGCGCGUCAAAGGACCGGCGCCUGCUGCGGCACCGGGGGCGGGCGGUGGUAUUUGCCGGGUCGGAGGACAUGGCGCGGCGGAUCGACGAUCCGGAGCUGGUGGUGGACGCGGACAGCGUGCUAGUGCUGCAGAACAUUGGCCCCGUGGGCAACCCGGGCAUGCCGGAGGCCGGGUUGAUCCCGAUUCCGCGCAAGCUGGCGGCGCAGGGGGUGCAGGACAUGCUGCGGCUGUCGGACGGGCGCAUGAGUGGUACGGCGGGUGGCACCAUCGGGCUGCACAUCUCGCCUGAGGCGGCGGAUCCGCUGUCGGUUCUGGGGAUAGUGAGGAACGGCGACGAGAUUACCUGUGACGUCGAGGCGCGGAUCUUGAGGGUCGAGAUUGCCGAUGAGGAGAUCGCUGGACGUGUGGAGGAGAGGAGGAGGCGGGACGAGGCACAGGCGGAAGGCAAUGGGGUCGGGGGUGCUACCCCCUGGGCCGCGCGGAAGACGAUCCGGGGUUAUCGCGGAUUAUACAUGCGUGAGGUGGCGCAGGCACACGAAGGUGCAGAUUUUGGUUUCCUUACCGCAGCAGGUCCUAGCUAGGUAGCUAGGUUACGCAUAAUGUCCUCGGAAUUCAAAGAGUCCGCGCUGACAGAGUUGGAUACGUUGAAC